AUGGACUCUCCUGGCGGCUACCCGGAGUCGCUGCUUGACCAGGACGGCGAUCAGGACGAUGUAGUCUAUCCGUGCAAGGGUUGCGGAGAGAUUCUCGAGGAAGGCAAGGCCUUCGAACUUGCGGGCAACAGAUGGCACAUCGACUGCUUCCGUUGCAACACCUGUGGUACGCUCCUCGACUCGGAUGCCAACCUGCUGCUUCUCGGCGACGGAUCCCUGAUCUGCAACGAUUGCACGUACAGCUGCAACCACUGCGGCAACAAGAUCGAGGACCUGGCCAUCUUGACCGGUGACCAGGCCUUCUGCGCAAACUGUUUCCGAUGCAGGAACUGCAAGCGCAAGAUCGAGAACCUGCGCUAUGCUCGCACAUCGCAGGGAAUCUUCUGCAUGGCCUGCCACGAAUCACUGAUGGCACGACGACGAAAGAAAUCCAAAAAACCUCCCGUACCCGCAGCACCCAAAGUCGACAAGUCUCUCCCAGCGCUCCCGCCGCAGUUCGAAGACCAGCAAUCACAACGUGGCGCAUUCACUCCAGACGUGGAAACGCCGUCUGAAGUCUUCUCCGAACCCACAACCGCUGAGGCUUCUCCAAGACCUCCUCAGCCUAGAAGGGGCGACUCUUCUUCAAACUUCAGGCGCGAUGCUUCCCCGGCGGCAGCCGAUCUUUCGCGCAGAGACAAUAUCUUGCUCCCAGCGACAACAUACAACAAAGACCACAAGCAUAGCGAGUCCGACGCCGGUGACGACGGUAUUCUCCUUCCAUUCGCACUCGACCCCAACCCUGCACCCGGCCCCUCUCCCCUAAGCCGAGCGAGUCGGCAGUUCCCUGAUCGAUCAAUGGGUUCUGCCUCAACAACUGGUGAAGGAAAGAGUAGCCGCAACGACUACUUCAACAGACCUACGGCGGAUCCUCGCGACAAGCUGAAGGAGAACAACUCGAGGUCGGGUUCGGCUGAGCGACCGGCACCAGCAAGUCCGCAUAUCGCGUUCCAGGAAAAGGGAAGACAGCCAUCUGACCACAUCGUGAGCACGCUCAGGAAGCAGAGGGACGUUUCCAGCGAGUCUCCAUCAUCCAACGAGCGAUCCCGCAGCCAGCAUGCCUCCCCAGCACCCUCUUCGGCAACGGAUGCCUUCAAAUUACAAGAGGUCCCAAAGAACAAGAAGGCGGAUGCCAGAAACAGGGACUCGGAGAGUAGUGAUUCAUCGCCACGCCAAGGCUCUCCCGGUGCUGAGAUGUCUUCAAGACUGAGCAGGCCAAUGAUGGAGCCUACCUUCACGUCCACACCUCCUGUCGGAAUACAAGACUCGCCCGAGACAGUGUCUGGAUCUUCUUUCAGCUCGACCCAGCGCGUUGAGCGCCCAGCCCGUGGAGAUUCUCUAAGACCCACAAGCUCUGUCCAGUUUGGUGACAGACCUGCUCAUUCGCCAACAACCCCGACUGUGGAGCACCCUCAACGAACCUCAUCGACACACGGAGCACACGCCCAUUUGAGUGCAGGUCUUGGUAUCAGUAGCCCUGUGGAAUCCUCGAGAACCUUUUCUGACGUCCCUGUACCUCCGGCCCGUUCUGCUGGCAGACCAGCGCCUCCAGCUGCAGACACAUUCACCUCGCCUCGCGCCCCACCUCAGCCACCCAGCACUCACAAAACCAGCGAGUCGAUAAGCAGCCUUCCUAGUGAGAGUUCACGAGAUGCGUACGCACCUGGCAGCGGCCUGCCCCGCUAUAGUGCACAGGGCGACUUUUCUAUGGAUGAAGAUUUUGCACGUCUUCUCGGUGGUCAAGACAAAGAAGACAAGGACAGUGGUGUCUUCCGCCGCGUCUCGAACGCAGUUCAUAAACAUGGACGCAGCCUCAGCGAGCGCGGCUCCGUGACCUCGAGAGGUCAUAAAAAGUGGCCCACAAACGGCUCUGUUGACAUCAGCAGUCCUACAAUCGCUUCGCCAGACUCCAAAGAGGAGAGUGCCAGUCUUCGCAAUGAAUUGCGCCGAGCCCAACAACGCAUUGCAGAGUUAGAAGCUGAGAAGAAUGGCUUACAAGAGUCUAUGCACAGCGCAGCAGAUAUCAGACAAGCAAACACCGUGCUUCGCGAAAAGCGCAAUACAAUGGCAGUGCUUGAUACACAACGCGAGAUGGUCAUUCGCGAACUUGAGAUUAUGACUGAGCAUCUCAAACACGCCAAAGAAAGCAAUGGGUCCAUGGAUAUCAACCAACUCAAGUCAGACAUCCUCAAGGACUUUGCCAACUCCCUGCACAAGCUAAAAGAUCAGUUGGGUGGGCAGAUCGAAGACCUCAUCUCUAAAAGGGCUGAGCUUACAGAGGAAAUCUCCAACCUGAUUCAAAUGAAGGAUAAGGGCUUCCAGGAGUACGAAUCGCUCACAGCGCAGAACGCCAAACUCUCUGCUAUGAACCGGGAGCUUGUUGAAAACAUCCAAAAGACAAUGAACAACAAGAAGGGGGCGCCCCCCUUCGAUGUCGCGGCGAAUGGGCUGGGGAUUUACAAUACUCAGCACAAAGGCGGCAAGUCAGAGCUUUCACUUGACGCUCAUAGUCUGCCGCACGAACCCUCAUUCCCACACAUACACGAGGGGGAUAGCGAAGCAACCCUUGCGCAGCCCCAGGUUGUGAACAUCCGCAAGAGUGGAAAGGCGACCAAGUUUUCCAAACUCAAGAAAGGUGGCCAAGCUUUCACCACCAACGUGACCAAGGGCUUCAAGGGUGCUUUUGGAUCAGAACAGAAACCAGAGGAGUACAACAGCAUCAAGGUCAUUGGAACGCCGUAUGGAUCGGUGCACCAACAACCGGACAUCGCCUCAAUGUCCAGCUCAAUUAAGAGCAAAGAUGAGCAGACACCGAAGGGCUGGUUUGGCGGAGGCAACGCAAAGGGAGGCCCGAGCAAGCAACCGAACGAUCGGUUCAAGCCGAUGCAAAUGAACAACAGCAGCACCAAUCUGGCUGCGGAUGCUAGCACCGUGCUUUUUGGAUCCGAUCUGUCUGCUCGUUGCGAGUUCGAGAAGCGAAUGAUACCUGGAGUUGUCAGCCGUUGCAUCGAAGAAGUGGAGUUACGAGGCAUGGACGUUGAGGGUGUGUACCGCAAGAGUGGAGGCAGCUCGCAGGUCAACCAAGUACGGAGCGGUUUUGAGUCGAAGGCGGACUACGACAUCUCCGAUCCGGAUCUCGACAUACACUCGGUCACAUCAGCUCUGAAGAACUACUUCCGCAGGCUGCCUGUGCCACUGAUUACAUUCGAUGUGUAUGAUCAGUUCCUGGAGGCUGGCCAACUUGAAGACCCUGAAGCACAGUCCAAAGCGCUUACAACUGCCAUCAAUGAGAUCCCACGAGCUCAUCGUGACACCCUACAGUUCCUCGUAUUCCACUUGUCACGGGUUAUUCAGCAUCAAGACGAAAACCUGAUGACUCCACUCAACGUUGCCGUUGUCUUUGCACCUACAAUUAUGCGCCCGAUGGACAUCCAACGCGAACUCAGCGACGUUCAACAGCAGCGUGUUGCUGUGCAAGCGCUAUUGGAGAAUUACAAGACUGUGUUCGGUGAAGAGUGA